GGGAAAACCAGGGGAAAAUGAAGUGUUUCAUGUUUUGUCUGAUACUGCUACUAUUUGCAGUCAUAGGAGUACAAGGCCAAAUGAGAGCUCCAAGACGACACGUGUUGAUCUUUCUCAAUGAGGCACUUGGGGCAACAACUGAAAGAGCAACACCUGCCAAAGUCACAGCAAAGAGAAACCCAGUUGAUAGACCAGUGAGAGACCAAGAUUCAGAUGAUUUGUCUGAGAUGCAGUCAGCAGAAAGUUUAGUCACCCCUGGCUAUCAAGGACCUGAUCAAAGUGGAAGUGAAAGCAAAGAAACAUCAAAAGACCAAGACAGCUUUGAGCAUACUGAUCCCAAAGCUGGAGGAAGAGAACAGGAGGCAUCAAGGGGAAAAACAAGAGCAGGAACCCACAGCAUGCUGCUACUAGAUCGGACCAGCAAGCCUGUUCAGGAUUAUAGGAGCCAGGAGCAAACCAAAGGUCAAGGCAAGCCACAGGGUGGUGAAGGACAGACUGAUCUGGGUAGUGAAGAGGGAACAAUGGGAAAGUCUGGAAGAGCCACUCAAAGAGGCAAAUUCCAAAAUCAGCCUCAGAGGGUGCACCCGGAUAAAAGCAGAGUGACAUCUGGGGAAACCUCAGAGGGUAACGAUGGGAACCUGGCUAUGGUUCACAACAGUGAAGAAACCAGAGAAUACAGCAGCCCUGAAGCAUAGGCGUUUGAUUCCAGCAUCUUAUCUCCAGGCAGGACUGGAUGAAGACUUCUUUUUUCUUCAUUUUUUCUGAAACUCAUUAAUUUCUAAUGUCUCUUUUAACAAUGGAUGGCUUAAAGUAUCGUUGGUGCAUGCAAUUCAUCUGCUGUAAUUAUAUACACAGAGUUUUCCUAUGUUUUUCAGAGUUGCUUCUUUCCCAUGAGUCAGGAGCCUCCAUAGGUUGACUCAUCAGAAGCAGACAGGAUGAUUCAAACGCACCUAAUGCUGGGGAUUUCUUUAUUACCUUCAAAUAGAAGUUUUUUUCUCCCUGUUUUUGUAUUUUUAUCUAAAUCUGUGGUUUGUUUGAAUCCUGUUUUGGGAGUAAAUCAAGAAUGAGCUGCUUG